GGAAUGGGGCUACGCUCAGCUUAAAGCUUUGGCCCGUCGUGAGUCCGGGGCCGGCCGGUGCUGCUGUGGCCCGCGCGAGCGGGGAGCGCGGAGCGGCUUUUGGGACACUGCGGGCGAGCCCUGGCAGUGUGCUCCUCUCGUGCCAGCGUCGCCCCGCCUCUAGGAUAGGACCCGCCCCUGCCCUCCUGCCUGGGACCUGGCGGGCGCUUCUGCCAGGCUGCCCUGCUGCCUUGCAUCCGGUCUCGAAUAGCUGUGAGGAGCGGAUGUAAGGCCUUAGGGACAACUCUCUCCCCGCCAGCGUCUUCGUGACCCUCUCCCAGGCUGUCCGAACACUGACGUGGAACAACCCGUUCUGAACCCUCAUGGAGAAGUUUGGGAUGAAUUUCGGGGGCGGCCCAAGCAAGAAGGACCUGCUGGAGACCAUUGAGACCCAGAAGAAGCAGCUCCUCCAGUACCAGGCACGUCUCAAGGAUGUAGUCCGCGCCUAUAAAAGUCUGCUGAAAGAGAAAGAGGCGCUGGAGGCCAGCAUUAAGGUGCUGUCGGUAUCCCACGAAGCGGAUGUGGGCCUUGCAGGUGUCCAGCCUCAAGGCCUCACCUUUCCUGACUCUGUGGAUGACCGAUGCUCCACUCACAGCGAGGAUAGCACUGGGACCGCCACCAGCUUAGAUACUGCGGCCAGUCUCACCAGCACCAAGGGUGAGUUUGGGGUAGAAGAUGACAGACUGGCCCGUGGACCACCACCUCUAAAGUGCGAAGAGGCCAGUGGAUCGGAGAGCGGCGUUAGCAGUAGUAGUGGGGAUGGACCAUCUGGGAGUGGGGAGGUGGACAAACGACUGCACCAGCUGAAGACUCAGUUGGCGACUUUGACCAGCUCUUUGGCUACAGUCACCCAGGAGAAGUCCCGCAUGGAAGCUUCUUACCUGGCUGAUAAAAAGAAGAUGAAACAGGACUUAGAUAAUGCCAGUAAAAAAGCAGAGGAGGAGAGGGGCCGGCUGGAGGGAGAAUUGAAGGGGCUGCAGGAGCAGAUAGCAGAAACCAAAGCCCGACUUAUCACGCAGCAGCACGAUCGGGCCCAAGAGCAGAGUGACCAUGCCUUGAUGCUGCGUGAGCUUCAGAAGCUGCUGCAGGAGGAGAGGACCCAGCGCCAGGACUUGGAGCUUCGAUUGGAAGAGACCCGAGAAGCUCUGGCUGGGCGGGCCUAUGCAGCCGGUCAGAUGGAAGGGUUUGAACUGCAAACCAAGCAGCUGACCCGUGAGGUAGAGGAGCUGAAAGGUGAGCUGCAGGGUCUUCGAGAUGAGAAGAAUCGGCCUGACCCCCGGCUGCAGGAGCUUCAGGAAGAGGCCGCCUGCCUUAAAAGCCAUUUCCAGGCUCAGCUGCAGCAGGAAAUGAGGAAGACAGCCCUCGCCGAAGAUCAGCUACGACAGCAAUCGCAGUUGGAAGAGCAGAGGGUGGCGGCCCUGGAGAAUCAAAUAUCUGAGGUGUCGGAACUGCUGGGCACCUAUGAGAAAGCCAAGCAGAAGGACCAGCUGGCCAUCCAGAAGCUGAAGGAGCGCAUUCUUCAGCUGGACCUGGAGAACAAGACACUGGCGCUAGCGGCCUCUAGCCGGUCCCCUCUGGACAGCCAUGGAGAGGAGUCCAGUCUGGAUGUCAAUGUCCUGAAGGACAAGAUGGAGAAGCUGAAGAGGCUGCUGCAGGUUGCGGCCAGGAAGAGCCAGGUGACCUUGGACGUGGAGAAGCUCUGCAACCUGGAGAUAAUGCCCAGCUCAGAGGCUGCCGACGGGGAGAAGGCCAGCGUGCUCUACUACCAGCAGGAGCUGAAACAGCUGAAGGAGGAGUUUGAGCGGUACAAGAUGCGGGCCCAGGUCGUCCUCAAGAGCAAGAACGUCAAAGACGGGAACCUGGGCAAGGAGCUGGAGGAAGCCCGGGAGCAGCUGGCGGAGCUGAAGGAGAAGUACAUCUCGCUGCGGCUGUCCUGCGAGGAGCUCGAAUGCCAGCACCAGCAGGAGGCUGAGGGCUGGAAGCAGGAGCUGGCCCGGCUGCAGCACAUCCACAGGCAGGAGCUGGAGCGGAGCCAGCUGGACUUCAGGGACCGCGCGCUGAAACUGGAGGAGGAGCUGCACAAGCAGCGGGACCGGGCCCUGGCCGUGCUGGCCGAGAAGGACCUGGAGCUGGAGCAGCUGCGUUCCGUGGCCUCGUCCUCUGGGCUGCCGGGACGCAGAAGCCCUGUGGGCAGUGUGGGCCCCGGGGAUCCGGCGGACACAUCUGCCCCGGACAGCCUGACCCAAGCCCUGCAACUGGCUGCGGCCAACGAGCCCACUUUCUUCCUUUAUGCCGAGCAGUUGGCCCGCAAGGACGUGGAGGUCACGUCCCUGAGGAAGCAGAAGCACAGGCUGGAGGGGGAGGUGCAUCAGCUGCAGGAUCGGCUGCUGGAGGAGGGGGAGCGGCAUCGGGAGGAGGUGGGGGCCCUGCAGAGCCACAUUGCAAAGAACAUCAGGGACCAGAGUCGGGAGGGAGCCAACCUGGAGUACCUCAAGAACAUCAUCUACCGCUUCCUGACCUUGCCGGACACCGUGGGCCGCCAGCAGACGCUCACUGCCAUCCUCACCAUCUUGCACUUCAGUCCAGAGGAGAAACAAGUGAUCAUGCGGCUCCCAGCCGGUGCUAGUUGGUGGCCUUCUGGCAAGAGAUGAUGCCCUUUUCACUAACUCCUCAAUUUUCUGUGCCUCUUCUGUGAGAAGGGGCAGGCUCUGGUUUCUCCUGCCUCUUCUCUUACAUUAUCAUUUCUUCACUGUGUUGACCUGGGAGGAAUCCUCAAUGUGGGUUGGGAUUUUCUGCCAAAUGCCAUUAAUGCCAUUUUAUCCUUGGGUCCUAG